AGGGCACAGGGAAUGCCUGGGCGGCUGCCCGGAACCUCUCGGCCCCUUCGCACCCGGCUCGGCCUUUGCGCCACCUGCCGCCUCCCGCGGCGGGCCCUGCGGUGCGGUGCACCGGCCAUUUCCCGUGUUGGCGGGGUGCAGGCGUCAUACGCACCACAGGCACCUCCGGGGAGCCCGUCCCCCCGCUUCCCUGCGGAUUUCCGGGUAACCCGGGGGCAGGGUCACUCCGCGUGCACCAGAGACUGGCCCGGGGAGGAGGGGCAGAAUGAGGCAGAGGAUGCGCGCCCCGCGCCCCCGCCAGAGGGGUCACAACGGCCACCACUGGACGCCUCCUAGGAGCCGGACUCUGCCCCGCGCCCCGGGGACGGAGGCCCUGCUGUCCGGCGCCGCUCGCGCUCUAUCGAGAGAAGGGUCAGGAAGCAAGGGAGCGAGUCGCGAGGGCUCCGUAGGGAGUGGGAGAGGGCUGACUGGUGGUCCGGUAAGGCUUCUCGGAGGAGGCGCCACGGAAGCCGGCGCUCGGAGGGCGAGAAGAAACCAGCCAGGGGCAGGAGGGGCCGCGGACGACACAGCCUCAGGGGACCCCAGGCCCGCGGCCCCGCAAGAGGAGCCCUCGGGGCGGGGGGCUCUGGCACCCCCUUCGGCCCUUUAAGGGGGAGCAGGGGUCGGUGUGGGCGGUGUCAAGGCCCCCUCGCGACCGCUGAUUGGGCGGCGCGGCCGAGCGGCGCGGCUCCACGGGCUCUGAUAGGCGAGCGCGGCCGGGCGCCGCCGCCAGGUGAUGCCGAGGGUCUGCGCUCGCGGCCACGUGGGGGGCGCGCGGGGCGGGCGCCCGGGCGCAGCAGCGCGGGGGACGCGCAGGGGUCGGGAGCUGGAGCUGCGGGACGGGACGCGCCACGACAGGGCUGCCGCGACAGGCUGGGACGCAGCGAACUCCCGCCGCGGACCCCUGCCACCUGGGACGCAGCGAACUCCCGCCCCGGACCCCUGCCCCCUGGGACGCAUUGGACUCCCGCCGCGGACCCCUGCCCCCUGGGACGCAUUGGAAUCCCGCCGCGGACCCCUGCCCCCUGGGACGCAUUGGACUCCAGCCGCGGACCCCUGCCCCCUGGGACGCAUUGGACUCCCGCCGCGGACCCCUGCCCCCUGGGAGGGCCGGAGGGCUGGCCUUGCCGCCAGCUCCGGGAUUACCCCGUGGGACUAUGACCAGCCUUUCUUCCUGUGGACCUUGAAGCUGGGCACCCUCGGGGCCAUGCAGAGGGCAGGGGCGGGCGGCCGGAGGGCCUCUGACUGCGGGCCUGCCCCGUACCGGCCCAGGUGCAUCACCAAGUUUGCCCAGUACGUGGGCUCCUUCCCCGUGGACGACCUGGACACCCAGGAGAGCGUGUGGCUGGUGCAGCAGCAGCUGUGGACACUGAAGGACUGUCCGCGCCGCCGGGCCGUCAUCCUGAAAUUCAGCCUCCAGGGACUGAAGAUCUACAGCGGGGAGGGUGAGGUGCUCCUGAUGGCCCACGCCCUGAGGCGCAUCCUCUACUCCACCUGGUGCCCGGCUGACUGCCAGUUCGCCUUCGUCGCGCGGAACCCACGGAGCCCGGCCAGCAAGCUCUUCUGCCACCUCUUCGUGGGCAGCCAGCCCGGAGAGGUCCACAUCCUGUACCUGCUGCUGUGCCGCUCCUUCCAGCUGGCUUACCUCCUGCAGCACCCCGAGGAGAGGGCCCAGCCUGAGCCCUGCCCAGCACCCACUGCGGAUGUGCCCCCGAAGCCCCCGGGGGGCCCACCUGCCCUGGCACGGGAGCCCUUCGGCCGGGAUCAGCUGUCACAGAACGUCCACGCCUUGGUCUCCUUCCGGCGGCUGCCAGCAGAGGGGCCGGUGGGCAGUGGGGAGCUGCUGGAGUCGGAGGGCCGAGGGGGCGCCCGCCACGCCCGCCUGGGGAACCCCUACUGCUCGCCCACGCUGGUCCGCAAGAAAGCCAUUCGCAGCAAGGUGAUCCGCUCGGGGGCCUACCGGGGCUGCACCUACGAGGCUCAGCUGCAGCUGUCGGCGCGGGAGGCCUUUCCCGCCGCAUGGGAGGCGUGGCCCCGGGGUCCUGGGGGCCCCUCGUGCCUGGUGGAGAGCGAGGGCAGCCUGACGGAGAACAUCUGGGCCUUUGCUGGCAUCUCCAGGACCUGUGCCCUGGCCCUGCUGCGGAGAGACGUGCUCGGGGCCUUCCUGCUGUGGCCGGAGCCGGGCGCCAGCGGCCAGUGGUGUCUGUCCGUGCGCACGCAGUGCGGCGUGGUGCCCCACCAGGUCUUCCGCAACCCCCUGGGCCGCUACUGCCUGGAGCGGCUGCCAGCAGACUUCCCCAGCCUGGAGGCCCUGGUGGAGAACCGUGCCGGCGCCAAGCGCAGCCUCUUCUGCCCCCUGGGCAUGGGCCGCCUGAACCCCACCUACGAGGAGCAGGACUCCGGGCCACCUCGGACUCUCCGGCCCCUCGGCCACGCCAAGUCCGAGGCGGAACUGCAGGGCCUGGGCUAGGAGAACGUGCGCGCGCACGGCGCCGCCUCACCUUGCUCCUGCCUGCCCCACCCCGUGCCAUGCCUCUUGGGCCAGUCUUCUGUCCUGCGAGAUUCCCGGAGAUGUGGCAGAGCUCCGGGCUUCGGGCUUUCCCUGGUGACUUUGCCAACUUGUCACAUCCAGGCUCCCACUUGCCUCCUGGCAGAGGAGCCCGCCAAGGGGGGCGGGGGCCCUGAUGGGGGUGGGGGUCUCCAGAGAGUUCUGGCCAGGUGAGAGAGAGUGAGGUCUCCCGCCCCAGCUCCCCCAGCUGUCUGGGAGGUGCCGGCCAGGAUCUGCAGGCCACAGUUGCUCUGUGGCUGGUGUGUCCUCCGACAUGGCACCACCCGUGGCUGGCGGGUCAGAGCAGAGGCCUUCAUGCAGAGGUGGUGGUGACGUGUGCCCUGCCAGAGGCGCUGAGGCCUCAGCGGGCAGGGGGAGACCCAGGUGGGGCUGCAGGCAAUGGCCCUGCUGGCGACUGGCAUCCAGGGUGCCCCCACCCCUUCUGAGUAAGCUCGACGGGCAGUCGUGAGUGUGUAGGCACAGUUACUGCUCCGGAUAUCUGUCCCCGAGGCGGGGCCGUGCCGUGCUGGGACGUAACAGGUAUGUGAGUCCUGGAAGGCAGAGGCGCCUGUGCGCAGCCGCACCAGGACAGGACCUCGGCCAGGGGCCUGUGGCUUUCUUGCAAGACAGGUGCCCUGGCCUGUCUCAAAGGAGAGGAGGCGGUCCCCCAGGGCUCUUUUAGUCGGAGACACAGCCCUGAUUUGUGCCGAAUGGGAGUGGGACGUUGGGACUGGUGUUCCAGGCAUCUUGACUGAACCGGUCCCCUCCCUGGGCAGAGUGCCGUCCUGUGGCGGGAGCCCCCAGCCUCAUGUGCCCCGCAGCCCUGGCAAUGGGGGGCUGGGUUCACAGUCAGUGUUCCACUGCAGGGUGGGCUCGGGGGAGCGCUGAGCACACGGAAGGGAGCAGCCUUCCCCAAGCUCAGACUUCGGCCAGCUCCUGCUGGUCACAGGUUACACUUGGGCAAGGCUUUUGGCCCAGGGAUGCCAGCUUCUUAGUGUCUUAAUAAUGGAGCACGGCUGUGUGUGUGUGUCUGUGUCCCAACCACCACCACUUGGGUCGCCCCAGUGUGGACUCAAUAAAACCCAUUCCUUCCAA